UAACCCUUUCUAAAUGUGUGGUCAUGUAUGUCUGAGCUUUUUUAAGAUAUAUUUAAAGUUGAUAUAUACGAUAUUGAUUGAUCAACUCUUUGACAAAACGUGUGUCGUCGUUCGAGCGUUUUGAGGGAGUUUAAGUCUGUAUCCCAUCGUUAGAUUAAACUUUUUAGGGAGGGAGGAGGACGAGCAUGGAGCGGUUUUUAAUCAUUUUACUUCUUGGCUGUGCGAAUUUCCUUGCUGAGACAAUCGAUGGUAGAAAAACUGCAGCAUCCUCAGUCUUCACUGAAAUUCGGUCUAGUAAAACAUUUGUGGACAAAACAUUAUGGCUGAAAGAAUUUUACGAGCUACCCUCCAAACACGUGUAUCUCACAGCCCCCUUGCGGUUCGGCAAAACAACCAACCUGAAAAUGAUGGAGGAAUUCUUCAGCAUCACUAACGACGAAAAGCAGGCCCGCGAACUUUUUGAAGGCACCAACAUCCACUCCAAAGAAAAGAGUUUUUUCAGCGCGCACUUUCGAAAAUACCCAGUGAUAUACCUCAAUUUCAAACCCCUCCUGUCAACGAGGAGUAAGCUUACCUUUAGGGAAAACGUAUGCCAAAUAUUCACCGAUAUAAGAAACAAAACAGACCCACAACUAUUCAAUCUAACCGCCGAGGAGAAAAUAGCCGAGCUAAAAGAAUUCAAUAAAGGGUGUACAGACGAGUUUGAAUUCAAAAACGCUACGAUUGACUACACGAAAGCGUUGCACACACAUUAUGGUCAGAAAAUAAUCGUUCUAAUCGAUGAGAUGGACGCGUUGACGCGCGCAAAUUUGAGAAACGACGUCGUGGAACAAAACGCGGUGGUAUUGGAAUUCGGGACUAUACUUAAACAGUGGUUGGAGAGAAACGAGUACGUUGAGAAGAGUUUAAGCGUCGGAGCCGUGUUCACAGACGAACUAUCCCAUGUUGAUCCCUAUCCAGACAGCCUGGAUAGAGUAGCUUUCAACGACCAGGAACGGUUCGCUAAAUAUUUCGGCCUGACUGACAAAGAAUUAGAAGAUUUAUUCGGGAAAUUCUCUCUUUCAAGCAAUCUACCAAGAUUCAAGUCGUACUACGAUGGGUAUACAGUCACAAAUUCCAGUAUGCAGGUGUACAACACAAUAUCUCCAACAGAGUUCGUGAUGAGACGAAAAUUUCUGCCCUACUGGGCGGAAUCGGUGAUCGAACCUUUAAAGAAUGAUUUUCUUGGUCUUUUUUCCCGACCGGAAAUUGGGUCUCUGAUCGAGAAGGCCAUUUUCCCGGACAUGAAUGAUCUGCCAAAAUUCGCACAACUCAACUCUCCGGUCGGGAAGGACAUGUUUCACAUGAUACGCGGCAAUGACACCGUCGAUAAAAUAAAUCUAGCUAGGGCCGGCGAUGUUUUUAUUAAGUUCCUCGAGGAGUCCGGUUACGUCAGAAUGGUCACCGCCGACGGGUUUCUAGCGACCAAUCAGGACGCUGCUUUCGCUCUAGGGACGACUUUGGCGCGAGAUUCGAACUUCUACGAAAACGCGCGCAAUAUCUCCUCCGCCGCGAAGAUGAAACUCGUGGCGGCUGUGAAAAACUUAGCUAUGUCCGAGGAAACAAUGAUAGAGCUGGCAGGGGCGGUUCACGGGCUUUACCAACCGGCUUGUUCGUUGGUGACAGAGAAACGCGUCUCAUUCGGCGGCCCGAUUUUCACGAUUCUGGCCUACGCAGACCCGGAGGCCUUCGAAGCAGUCUUGGCGCCCGAGCAUGCUGGGGCUCUGACUUCUGAGUGGAGUCCUGACGUAGCGCUCGUCCGUAAGGAUUCUGUCGCUUUUGUCUUCAAGUUAAGGCGGGGAGAAAGUGCCCGCAAUGCUUCCGAAGCAGUUAUGGCCUCGAAAUAUGAAAAAGUGCUUGAAGAAAACUUAAACGGUCUGAAGAUCGAGUCGACGAUUUUUGUGGGGAUAAGCUUAGACGACCGGUGUGAGGUCUCGGUAAGCUUUGGAAAGCAAGGAAUGUCAGGGAAAGAAAUCAAAGAAGUAAGCAAUCCAAUCGAUAAAAGUGACUGAGUAACGGAAAAAUCAACAGAUGAAGAAAUGACACAGAAGAAGUGGCGUUCGGAUAUGAAGAAGUCUAUGAAAAAGACAUGAAGAGUCAUCAGGUAACUUAAUAAUUGUAAACACUUCAUUGGGGCACACGUUACAUAUUGCUCGUAGCAUUUACAGCAAGCUGAAAACUGCAUCAUCCAAAGAUGCGUUACACACCCUGACUCAGUAAUAUAAUAAUGGAUAGAGGUAUACUUUUUUCCCACGUUCGCAAGAAGUUUACCAAACAUGAAGUUGCCGUGCAGUUAAGACCUGUCACAGCUUGGUGAUUUAUGGCAUUGGCUAAUCCAGUAAAUUGGCAACAUUGCUUUUUCUCAAUUUAAACGUAUUGAAAUGUAUCGAUGCUUGGAGGGGCCAAGUGAUUCGGCAAAAAUCGAUUAUUCAAGACAGGUUUAAACACAGGAAAACCAGUGUUGCCAAAUUGCUGGAUCCGCCUCUGUACUUAGCGAAGCCUCGUCAUUGGUGAGUGCCAAGAAUACAAACUUCACCAUCGAGUACUUGUAAUAAGGAAAUAAUCGCUAAUUUUGAUACCAUUUCAUUUAAUCAAUUUCGAAAUAAGCAAGCCACGCCUUUCAUGUACACACCAAAAUGUGCGAUAGUAGUUUUGAGUCGUUACCAGCAAUGGCUGAAGAUUAGAACCCGAAUUUUUUUAUGUUGUUUUAGGAAUGUCUUAAAAAGCUGAUUUUAGCAUGUUAAAUUUGUUGUCUUAUUAAAGCUGAUUGCAAAUGUUGAAAUAAUUCCAAUUAAUUUAAGGUUAUUUAGAAAAU